AUGGAUUCUCCAGCAGUCAAGGAAAUUUUAUCUAGACUUAUGAACUUCAACUCUCCUCAAAAAAGACCAGUCCCCCCCUUGCCUCCUGGAAUUUUACCAGAAAUCUUCAAAAGGCUGCCAGUGAGAUAUGUUCUCCGGUGCAGGUGCGUUCAGAAAUCGUGGUAUCGGGUAAUACACAGUUCUAGUUUUAUUACUCUGCACUUGAAUUAUCAGAUUAAUUCUCAGAGGAAAAGAUACCUCCUUUUCCACUCCAAUUAUAGUAGUUAUUCGAUACAUUCUGAUAAUAAUAAGUGUAGGUUAUCCUACAAUUGGUAUCCGAAUGUUAGUCUGACAUCGUAUGGGACGUCAGGUGGUCUGAUAUGCUUGUCUGAUUUAUGCUUGGAUUAUAGUAGCCAUAUAUAUCUCUGGAAUCCCGCCAUUCGGAUGUUAAAAGCUCUUCCACCUUCUUCAUUUUUUUCAAAUAUUUUUGUGCUAGAUUUUAAGGGCUAUGUCUAUAAACUGAGUUUAGCUUUUGGAUAUUCGCCCCAUGUGGACGAUUACAAAGUGGUGAAAGUUAUGAUUUAUUGCAUGGAAGAAUAUGCAAAGUGGUUGACAGUUGUUGAUGUUUAUAGUCUAAGAAGUAAUUCCUGGAAGAGAGUUGGUGGAGACCUUUCAUGCUGCAAGCUAAGCCGUCCGGUGUUUAUAAAUGGUGCUGCAUAUUGGGUGGCGAAGAAAUCUCAUGGCAAGAAAAUCAUUGUGUGCUUUGAUACUGAGAAUGAAAUUUUUCGGGAGAUUUUGUUACCACAGUAUGAUUGUUUGUAUAAACUAAAUUACUUUGUUCAAGAGUUUUGUGAAUCAUUAUGUGUUUUUGUUAACCACCGGCCUUUGGGAGUUGUUGACGUGUGGGUGAUGGAAGAAGCGGAUGUUUGGAAGAAGAAAACGAGUAUUAAUCUGGGAGGGAUUUACGGUUUGCCCAUGGGUUUUAGAAGCAAUGGUCAGAUGGUACUUAGGAUGUUAAAUGAAUUUGGAUAUGUUUCGUAUAAUCUGGAGAAAGAUAAGGCAGAACAAGUAUUGAAAUCACAGCGCUUACGUCAGUUUGGAUACAUUAAUACUACUAGCAAAGAUGUUGCAGAUAGUUUGGAUCAAAAGGUCUAUUUUGUGAAUCCCUUCAUGGAGAGCUUGCUUCUGCUUGAUGACAAACUCGGGUUUUAG